CACAGCUCCGCCAGCCUCGGCCACGGCCAGCCUCGCUCCUCACUCACUCCCCCAGCCAGCGUUACAAUAGGAAGGAGGGAGGAGCAACCUAGCGGCAGCCACAGCAGCAGCGUAGCUGUAGCCACAGCAGAGCAGCGGCGGCUGCGUUCAGACGACCACUACUUGUUCCUCCUCCUCCUCCUGCUCCUUCCCCCAAAUUCCACCCCCCUCAAAUAAUAAACAAAUCAAAGCAAGCGAGGAGGUGAGCAGCGUCCGCAAGGGAACAGGGACCGCGGGGGUUGCAGGCUUGCAGCCGUGGGGGAGGGGAGCAGAUCCGCGAGAUCCGGCGCGCCGCCGAUGACGAGCGGCGCCGGGGGAGCCGCGGCCGGGAUCGGGGGCACCAGGGUGCCCACGUGGAGGGAGCGCGAGAACAACCGCCGCAGGGAGCGCCGGCGCCGCGCGAUCGCCGCCAAGAUCUUCGCCGGCCUCAGGGCCUACGGCAACUACAACCUGCCCAAGCACUGCGACAACAACGAGGUGCUCAAGGCGCUCUGCAACGAGGCCGGCUGGACCGUCGAGCCCGACGGCACCACCUACCGCAAGGGAUGUAAACCUCUGGCAACAGAGCGUCCAGAUCCAAUUGGGAGGUCUGCAUCACCAAGCCCCUGCUCUUCAUAUCAACCAAGUCCGCGAGCCUCAUACAACCCAAGCGCGGCAUCCUCCUCGUUCCCAAGCUCUGGGUCCUCCUCCCACAUUACUCUUGGCGGGAGCAACUUCAUGGGAGGCGUCGAGGGCAGCUCCCUUAUCCCGUGGCUAAAGAACCUCUCGUCGAGCUCCUCGUUCGCCUCCUCCUCCAAGUUCCCGCAGCUUCACCACCUCUACUUCAACGGCGGUUCCAUCAGCGCGCCGGUGACGCCUCCAUCCAGCUCUCCAACCCGCACGCCUCGCAUCAAGACUGACUGGGAGAACCCGAGUGUUCAGCCACCGUGGGCUGGGGCGAACUACGCGUCUCUUCCCAACUCCCAGCCGCCGAGCCCUGGGCACCAGGUUGCUCCGGACCCGGCGUGGCUAGCCGGGUUCCAGAUUUCGUCUGCUGGCCCUUCGUCUCCAACUUACAGCCUUGUGGCUCCGAAUCCGUUUGGUAUCUUCAAGGAGACCAUCGUCAGCACCUCAAGAAUGUGCACCCCUGGGCAGAGUGGAACGUGCUCUCCUGUAAUGGGCGGUGCGCCGAUCCAUCACGAUGUCCAGAUGGCUGAUGGUGCCCCAGAUGACUUCGCCUUCGGGAGCAGCAGCAACGGCAACAACGAGUCGCCUGGUCUCGUGAAGGCAUGGGAGGGGGAACGGAUACACGAGGAGUGCGCCUCGGACGAGCAUGAGCUGGAGCUCACCCUUGGGAGCUCAAAGACUCGUGCAGAUCCUUCCUGAUCAUGCUGCAAGAGACAAGUCUUCACCUGUUUUUUUUUUUUACUUUCAUCUUUAUUCGGACGGUGCUCCUCUGCUUUAUGAGUUCAAUGUUUGUAGAAAGAGGGAAGGGAUUCAGAGACCUUAUCCUGCUCCUCUGGAGAUGAUAUCCAUCCUCUUUCAAGGAUAUGAACUUUAUUCUAGCUUAAGCAAAUUGUUAACUUAUUUAUUUCAUUUUUUCUUCAUAUCCUUUUUUUUUGUCUCCCUCAAGAAACGAAAAGGAAAAAAAUGCAAGGGAAAAGAGUGCUUGCAGGAACCUUUUAGACAAGUCGCAGAACUUGUCAUCUGUCAGCAGUAGCUGAGAUUCCUGUGGCAUUCCUGUGGCCUUGUAAAAAUUAGCUCCAGUUGUCAUUGAUAUGACUAUUAUCGUUGUACU